ACAAGAGUGCGGCGUGAACAUGGGGAAGCAAAAGAAAACAAGGAAGUAUGCGACCAUGAAGCGAAUGCUUAGUCUCAGAGAUCAGAGGCUUAAAGAAAAGGAUAGAUUAAAACCUAAAAAGAAAGAAAAGAAAGAUCCCAGUGCACUCAAAGAAAGAGAAGUCCCCCAACACCCCUCCUGCUUAUUCUUCCAAUAUAACACACAGCUAGGCCCACCUUACCACAUCCUGGUUGAUACCAACUUUAUCAACUUUUCCAUUAAGGCCAAACUGGACUUAGUGCAGUCAAUGAUGGAUUGUCUCUAUGCCAAGUGUAUCCCUUGUAUAACUGACUGUGUAAUGGCUGAAAUUGAGAAAUUGGGGCAGAAGUAUCGAGUGGCUCUAAGGAUCGCCAAGGAUCCAAGAUUUGAACGAUUACCAUGCUCAUACAAAGGAACCUAUGCAGAUGACUGUUUAGUACAGAGAGUAACUCAGCACAAGUGUUAUAUUGUGGCCACAGUUGACCGGGACCUUAAACGAAGAAUCAGGAAGAUCCCUGGAGUUCCCAUCAUGUACAUUUCUAACCAUAGGUACAACAUUGAGCGGAUGCCAGAUGAUUAUGGAGCCCCUCGAUUCUAAUACUUAAGACAAAGUUUCUCUGCUUUCCUUCAACCAAAUUUCUCCUUUGCAGGUUUAUUAAACAUGCUACAACAUGCAUUAUUGCGCCACUCACACAUUUGCUGUUAUGAGCUGAGAACAGUUAAAUACAAUCACUUUCUGGUGGUGUUUUGAAAAUGAUUUUGAUGUUGUUUUGAAAAUGAUAUUUUGUAUCAUUUAAAAUUUUGUUACAU